AUGGAACUGAUCGAAAUGUGGCUAUUUACGACGUGUGUUCUAAACGGCUCGUUUUAUCCACACGAGCUCCACAAAGCCAUCCAAGAUGAGUACAAGUUAGUUCCUGGAGAACAGCAAGAUAUACAUGAAAUCUUUACUAGACUUUGUUCGUCAGGAACCCAAAACAUGAACGAUAUCAUUGCCAUCCAUUUUCAAAGCGGUUGUCAGUUUACGAAAACAUGCAGAGUAUGUGCUAAGCAUGAUGAUCUCACACCAGAAACACGUACAACCAUCAUUGUGCCUGUCUUAAAUGGCAUACACAAUUUGGAAAGAAGCAUCGUACAUGCUAUGAACGAUGAUCACGUUCCUAUUUAUUGUAGCUCUUGCGAAAAGAGUACUGCGAAUAAACUUUCAGGGAACUUUGUGUUUCUACCUCAAACAUUAGACAUAGGAUUCAAUAGAUUUCAGCAGAAAGGCGGAAUCACAAAGAACCACUCAAGAGUACAGUUACCACUGGAACUUCAAGUGGUAGGAAACAUGCCAUGUCAAUACAGUCUUAAAGCAUGCGCCCUACACCAUGGGAUGCACAAUCACAACGGACAUUAUACAGCCGUUAUUUUCGACAAUGAUAAGAUUAUAGAAAUCGACGAUCACAUUGUCAAAGAUGUGACCAGGGGCGGACUGCAUGGCCCACAGGGAUACCGGGAAAUUUCCCGGUGCGCCCCUGAUUAAAAUGUUCUUUGGCGCCCCUAUUUUGGAAUUUUGUAGAUAAUUUAUAUGUUAUUUUGGUAAUGGUAUUUGUUCACGCCCAGUCUAACAAAGACAUAAGUUCUCUCACUAAUUCGAAAAUGGUUAAUGCUCGACGGCGCGAUGUUCAAGAAAACAUUCGUGUCUUAGUAAUAAUAGUAUCUGUAAUCAAACACCUUGCUAAACGAUCCUUUUCAUUCAGAGGACACCGAAAUGAGUCUUCACACACUUUAGAUGAUAGAUCAGUUGAUCAUGAAACAAUCCUUUAGAAACAAUCCUUUUGAUUUCGGAAUUUGAUGUACCUUUAAACAGUCAUGUACAGGAAGUAAUUCAUGAAAGUAAGAAAAGACGAGAAAAUUUGAAACGAAAAGGCAAGCAGAAUAGUCGUCGACGUGGAAAUUUAGUAGCAAUGCUUUCAAAAUCCCAGUUAACAAAAUUUUGCUAGCAAUUUUAAACAUCAUAAAAUCAAAAAUUAUUCAAGAGAUUGGAGAAAAGAAGUUUUCAUGCAGUAGAGAUGGGUGGUACACAAGACACCGCCACGGUGGAACAGGAUCGGAAACAAUAAUUUUGCCGCGUUAUGUUCUUGGCCUGGAAGUCAAUAAAUCAAAAGUUUAUGAUGAAUCAGCAGCUGUAUUUUUCAACAUUUGAAGACAAAUGUUGAGCAACAAGGUCUAAAGAUGGAAAAUAUUAUCGGUGAAUCAUUUGAUGGAGCAUCAAAUAUGUGUAGGGAGUUCGGAGGUGUACGUGCAGAAGCUGAUCAGAGACGUUUCGCCAAAUUCGUUGUACACAUGGUGCUACGCUCAUGUGCUAAACCUUGCUGCUCCAGAUAUGGUAGAAAACAUAACCGAAGUGAAAAUUUGUUCAGCUUGCUUCAAAGCACCGUAACGUUUUUUUUCAGAUUCGUGCAAACGAAUGGAUGUUUGGAGCAGGAUAAAGAUUGACGAAGCAGUUGGUUCAGCAAAGCUAAGGAAAUUGCAGAAGAUUGGUGACACUAUAUGGUGUCCUAAGCAGGCAGUAUUAGAAACAAUUUUUGGUCCGUAUAACAAUAAAAAACGGAACAUAUUUUGUCAUGCUAAAGGUACUGAAUGAUAUUGUGAAUCUGCCCAAAUUCAAUGCAAAGGCAUCUAUUGAGGUUGCUUGAAAAAUGGUUACAAUUCAGUAACAUUUUAACUGCGUAUUUUCUACUUCUUGUGCGUAGUAUUUUACGUCAAGCAUCCGAUUACUUGCAAACAAGUGGUUUGGAUUACCUUAGUGCUUGGAACAUGGUGCAGUCAUCAAAAGACGAAAUACACAGAAUCUCAUAUGACACCACUGUAUGAAGCAUCAAGUAAUUUUACUCAGUCAAUGAACGCCAAACUGGCUGAAGACGAUCUUGACAACAUUAAAGUUGAAUCGAAACUAGAAGAUUCAAGAGUAAUGGAGAGCAAGCAUCUGAUAUGUUAGCCGAGGAUACAAUUGUGCGGUUUCGUGCAAACGUUUUCAGACGAGUAGUUGACCAGAUUACGACUAGUAUUGACCAAUGCUUUAGUCAAAACGGUCAACUGAUUAAAGAUAUACAGCAUAUCUUGAUCCACGACGAUUUGAUGAAAUAGUCUUGUCUGGGGUUUCUGAAAACAGCCUUACUAAAGUUGCUAAGAUAACUGGCGUUCGCCCUUUGUCACUGAAAGAAGAAUUAUGCUGUUUAGCGAGAAAUUUCACGUUGUUAUCACGAUCACUUCCUGAUGAGUCUGAAGGUGCUUCUGAUGACGUUGCCACCAUGACCAGUACCAAUGAGGAGGAGACCAGUGAAGAGGAGAGCAGUGGUAAUGAAGACGGUGGUGUCAGCAAGAAUCCAAUACUAAGAAAUUGA